UGACCAGCAACUUCAACAACUUCAACACCGACAGCUUGGGACUUUGAGAGAAUGGACUCAAGCUCAACCAACCAACCUCAGCCAACCUCGAACACCACCAAACUGAAGAAUAGGAGCAAGCUACCCUUCAGCCAGAAUGGAUUACUGGAUUGGAUCAUCUCCAAUCGAACCACUUCCUCUCAAAACUUGAUCCAAGUCCUCAGCAAUACGCCUCACGAGAUCCUUGCCAGUUUACCUCUUGAAAAUGGCAUAGACCCAUUGGACGAACUCAUCCAGCCUGAACACUAUCCUCUAGCCUACUUCCACAUCCUACUCUGCCGAUUUGAAAACUACCGCAACAAGAUCGAUACCCAGAAAACUUUGUCACAUGCUCAUAAGUUUUGCUCAGCUCUCGAUCGGAAACAAAUUCUUAAGAUCUCUCGAACUACCUCAGACAUCUACUUGUUUGCUCAGCACCUCGUCAGCUGCUCAACCAACGCCGGUCAACUACAAAGCUCUAUCGAACCUCUCCUACAACUUAUUCGAUCUUACAGUCCACUCAACAUCCUCACCCCUCUUCACCAUGAGUUACUCAGAAUAUCUUUAAAAACGCGCUCGAUUGCUCAGGCUUUAGAGCUCACCAAUUUGGAUAUCAACAUAGACCAACAGAGGUAUCACAUCCGAUAUCAAGAUCAUUUAAUAUAUCAUUACCUCGCCGGAACCGUUCAAGCCUUGGGUAAAAAUUACCAACGAGCAAUCCAUCUCUUAACCAUUGCAGUUUCUGCUCCAGGAUCGGCCAUCUCUCAAAUUCAACUAGACGCGUACAAGAAACUCAUACUCGUCUCACUGCUCUCAAACUCAUCUCCGCCUGUACUACCUCCUUACACUCACCCUCAAUUCAGAACGGUUUUCAAAACUUCCAACAACAACAAAGCCUAUCUUGAUCUGAUGAGCUUAUAUGAGCAUGCGGAGACCAGUAGCGAAGCAUACAUGCAACUGCUCACAAUGGCCGAGAAGAACCUGUCAAACUUCCAAAAGGACAAUAACUCGGGAUUGCUCAAACUAUGCAUUGAGAUUCUACCUCGAAAGGCGAUUAAAAAACUGAUUCCGAUCUACACAUCAAUCCCGAUCGCAAGGAUUGAUUCGAUUUUGGGACAUCUGACCGAAGGCAACGCGCGUCUCUUAAUCCAAACGAUGAUCCAAUCUGGAGAGUUGAAUGCCCAAAUCGAUCCAACGACCAACGUGCUGAAGUUUUUGGACGAUGAACAAGCUCUAGAAGAUCCAGAACGUACUCAUGAGACGCUCAAACGGAUCGUCGAACGAGUCCAAUCGACCGAGCAAACGAUCAAAGAAAAGUCAGCCGAGAUCGAGCGAGACAAGGAACUGCUCAAGCGGCUCAUCCAAGACCUCCGGAACUCUUCGGCCGAGAAACAGCAGAACCAGUCCUCAAAUGAGUUCGUACAAUCCGGCACAGCCGGCCAUUCCGAUCGCAACUUCUCUGGAAUCGUCGAGGAAGAGCUCGUUGACGUUGGGAUGGCUUGGGACGACUGAGCAAGUCGGCCAUUAUUCAGCUUAUUUAUCUUUUUAUUUAUUUAUCCAGGUGCUCGUUUUUCAAGAUCCGAGUCAAGGGGUUGCUCUUUUUUUUGUCCUUUGCUAGCGCCAUUGAUGCGAUCUCAGAAGUUUGAAUCCGAUCUUAAUACCAAAAUGCCACACUUAUGUACAUGAUUCUUAUGGGGUGAUUCCUACACUACAGUAGUACACUACAAAAGAGGAAUUAGCUCUGCCAGAAAAGAA